AUGUCGGGCAAGGAAAUCUGCCAUUGUUCACUCAGAUGUGGUGGGCCCAACGGUCCGGGGCGUGCGUAUACACGGAGAGUCGUGAACCGACAUCGCAAACGAGAGCAGGAGCAUCAAGCUCGCCUUCUCCUCGCCUCGACAAGCUUGUACAACGAGCAGCUACUUCGAGUGCCCCACGCAGGCUCGACACACAAGCGACGGGCCGAUUCCGCAUCGGAGAGCACAAGGAAGCGCGCACGUACCGACAUCUCGGGCGACAAAGUCCCGGGCACUGACGACGACGCAAAUGCGCCCGGUGGUGAUCCAGGAGAAGACGAUGGUGAUCCACUUGAGACAGAGGAGAAUGAAGAGGACGAAGUCGAGGGUGGUGCAAGAACUGCUCCGGCGGAGGACUCGGAGGACUCGGCGUCUCGAGUCGAUGUUCCUCAAGAAGGCCCUCCACCGCUGCAAGGUAGAGAGCCUUCCUCGCCACCGCGAGACUCUGCGGUAGAGCGAGACUCCCCGGUUGCAACUGAGAGUCUUGAACUCGAGGACGAGGACGACACUCGAGCAGGGGCCGAAAGAGAGGAUUCGCGCGAUAUUGACCCUCCGGACGAGCUUCUGGACGCAGAUACUCCCGCCCCCCGCUUCAACCCUGUGCUUGACGACCUCAAAAUCUCGCAAAACUUCAUCGAACUGCUUCAGCAUGCGACGCUCGAUAGCGAUGUGGAGCCCCUACCCGAGGACGUCAUACAGCAACUUCGGAAUCCUCCACUGCACACUCUGACGGUGGACGAUCCCGACCAGAGAUACUCGCUGGACCUCUUCUUCGCGCUCACUGACGCCUCUGUGGACGCAUACAAUGACUCUCGCGCCGCUUACCUGCGCCGCCAUCCUGAAGGCAAUAUUCUCUCGUUUUACGAGGUGAAGAAGCUAGUCCGUGAGUUGAGCGGCAUUAUUGAGGUCAAGCGCGAUAUGUGCGAUAACUCGUGCAUUGGGUAUACGGGCCCCUAUCGCGAUCUCGAGUUCUGCCCGUAUUGUGGGGAGCGGCGCUACGAGCUCACUCCGGCAAGCGGCAAAGGAUCGCGCACUAAGCGUCCUCGGAAACAGUUCACAACAAUUCUUCUCGGCCCUCAGCUUCAGGCGCAGCGACGUGGCCCGGAGACCUCGCGGCUGAUGCAGUAUCGCGAGCGUUGUACGGCUGCUGUCCUCGAUGAGCUGAAUGCGAACAACGGCGUCAAGGUCUCUCCCUUCAGCGACUACAUCGAUGGCGCGGAAUACCUCGAGGCAGUACAGGAUGGACGGAUAACACCUGACGACAGCGUGGUUGUCCUAUCCAUGGAUGGCGCUAUGCUCUACCGCAACAAGGCAUCGGAUUGCUGGAUUUACAUCUGGCUUCUGAUGAACCUCGACGUCGAUGUGCGGUACAAAAAGCGCUUCGUCUGCAUCGGCGGCACAAUUCCAGGACCUAACAAGAUUCGGAAUGCGGACAGCUUCCUCUUCAUGGGGCUGUACCACCUGGCCGCUAUUCAGAAGGAGGGUCUCGUCGUAUGGGAUGCAGCGACCGGACGCGUCUUCCGAGACCAUCCGUUCCUGUAUUUGGCGACUGCCGAUGGGCCUGCGAUGGCUUACCUGAACGGCUUCGUUGGACAUCACGGGCGCAUCCACUGCCGCUUUUAUUGUCCAAUCAUCGGGCGGCACAAAAUCGGCGGCCCCCAUUACUAUCCCGCACGUCUUCGUCCGCACCAUUAUCGUGUUCCUGGCUGCGACCAUCCCGAUGUCGACAUUCGAGAGCUGCUCAACGAGCAUACGACGGAGCGCGCCACUGCGCGCUACCUUAGAAAUCUCGAGACCGUCGUCAACUCCCCCAACAUGACGCGCUAUGAAAGGAACCGCCUCGAGACUGGCAUUGUCAAGCCCUCGAUCUUCAGCGGCUUGCCUCCCAAGCAUAACUUGGGCGUCCCAGCUAUGUUUGGUGGCGAUGUGAUGCAUCUCGCAACUCUCAACAUCCCCGACCUGUACAUCUCGUUGUGGCGCGCCACGAUCGAGUGCGACACACGAACCGACAACAAGGCGACCUGGCCUUUUGCAAUUUUCCAGAGCCCGGCGAAGUGGAAGGCGCAUGGACAGAUGGUUGCAGACGCCAUCCCGUACACUCCGGGAUCCUUCGACCGCCCUUCACGCAACAUCGCGGAGAAGCUUACCAGUGGCUACAAGUCCUGGGAGUUUCUGCUGUACUUCUACGGCCAUUGCCCUUGCUUGCUCUUUGGAGAUCUUCCGGAGGCCUACUAUGUUCAGUUUUGCAAGCUGGUUCGCGCCACUCGGGUCGACAUGGAGGUCAAAAUAUCGGUCGAAUUAUUGCGCGAGUCUGACGAGCUCACGUGUGAGCAAUCAGAUGAGUACGAAAAUCUGUACGUUCAGCGCCGCGCAGAUCGCCUGCACUUUGUCCGUGCCAGCGUCCAUGCACCCUCGCACAUGCCUCGCGAGACGCAGCGCUUGGGGCCCAGCAUGCUCUACUCUCAGUAUACAAUGGAGCGGACAAUUGGAAACCUCGGAGAGGAGAUCAAGCAACAUUCAAACCCCUAUGCGAACCUCUCCGAGCGCGCGAUCCGCAGGUGCCAAAUCAACGCUAUUAAGGCCCUACUUCCCGACAUCGAGCCUGCACAGCCGAGUUUCCCUCGACGAGCCCACAUCCUGCACGAAGGGAAGUAUGCCCUUCUCCCUCGGCGGGACAGGCUUGCUAGGCCGGUCACGCGCGCAGAGGCCCUCGCUCUACAGCGCUUUCUUGAAGCGCAAGGAGAUCGUACACCUGUAGGUGACGCUCUGAAAGUGCGUCGCUGGGCAAGGCUUCGACUUCCUAACGGGCAAACUGCGCGCUCGCGGUGGAAGGAGGAGGCGAUGGAUCCUAAGCAUGUCCGCAUGUCUCGCAAUGUUAAGUUCAUGGCCAGCGAAGGCCAGCGUUUUGCCGAGGUUCACUAUUAUGUGCUUAUUCCAGUGCACGACCAGCGGUACCCCUUGUUUUUCCAGGACGAGACAGCAAGAGAUCGGUACUACCUAGUGGAGCGACCUGGUCUUGGCAUUUUGGAGAAGAUUGGCUAUCAUGUAAGGGUUUCCCAAAUGGGGGCGUACUCGCGAGUCGCCUUUGGCCAAGAGCUUACGUGUACGCAGGAUGUUCGCAAAUCCUUCCCUUCGCUCGGAUACGCCCAUGUCCAAUGCAUCCUCUUCAGACUACACAGACGGUCUGAUGGCCCAGACUUCCCAAGCACCGACCGUUGGGAUCACACAAUGUCACGGCCAUCGCUUCCCUCGCCCGCCCCGCUUCACAUGGGGAACAUGCAGCUCGAGCUGGCCAUGCAGCCGUCUUCGUCCUUGUUGUCGCAGGGUCUGCAUUCCAGCAUCUCGACGUCUGGUUACGAUGUGAGGAUGUUGCUGCAGCGCAUCAAAGAGCUGGAGGCACAACAGGCUCUACUCACGCAGCGGGUGCACGAGCUCCAGGGCGAGCUCACAGGGUCCAAAGCAGCGUACAACGCGCUGCUCGAACGCCUGCCUUCGGAAGGUUCCCCCAUCAUUCCGGGCGAAAACACCUCGCGUGUACGCUCUGGACCACUCUCUACGUUAGCUGAAGCUGCCCUUCGCGCGGUCCACAAUCCUCCCCGCAUCAUCACCCUGAAUCGCAAGGACUACCGUCGCAUCCAUUUCUGGUAUUGGUCCGAGUUCUCGGCUCGGAUGAAAGGCCAGUUAGAUGUCACGCCAUUGGGGCCGGAAGAGGAGGAGGAGGAGUCGCCGGGGGCGUACAGAUUCCUCGAAGAUGAGGCGGGACACUGCGUUGAGGAAAGGAAGCUCAUUACCAUGCGCGAGGUACUGUACUCCCUGUGGCACACUCUGCUGCAGGUUCCUGGCCUACUACCAGAGAAGUGGGGGAAGGCCAGCUUCGAGGUCAAGAUGUAUGUUUGGGCUACAAUGGAGGAGGCCUUCGUGGAGUUACGCUUCUGCGAUGGGCAUUGGAAGGCGCAAAGGCUCGCGACAUUGAACUACCCGUGGUGGUAUCGCAAGCAUGUACGACGCGCUAACGCACGCAGCACCAGCGACGAGAGCAGUUGUAAGCUGGAAGGAGGAGGGGGGCACGUCCGAAAGAGCGAGGGGAAGCGUAGCGCUGCAGACGCAGCACUCGAGUCCGAGCAGGUCACGAAGAAGCCGAAGAAUAAGUUCAAGUCAAUCUUCCCCUCAUGCUCAAGCAAGAAGACAUCCGCUCGCUCGCCUCUCUCGACCGUCACAAGUGCUGUGACGUCGACGUCGACAGCAGCAAGCGACGCCACGGCAUCAUCUCAGCUCUCGACCACCACCAUCAUCACCGACACGAACUCCCCACCGUCCCCUGCCGCCCCCAGUAUCCUUCAUGGCGCUUCAGGCUCGUCUUCCAGCGCUGCAACGCCCGAAGCAACCGUUGUCGAGAGCACCGGCGAGCAGGUCCAACAGCACGCGACCGGCGCAUCCAGCGAUCGGGCUCAGGAGGCUUCACCGGAUGCGAGCGGGCACAUAGAGAGCGUAUAUCCGGUGCGUGAAUGA